GUCAACUACUCAAACGCACACAAGCCAGCUCUUGAGAUGAUUGUUACUGUGUGCUAAUGGCAACAAAGAGAGCCAAACUUGUGAAAACUACUGAUUAGUCUUGAGCGUCUCUCCUUUCAUGGACGAUGUUCUGCUCCAGGAUUUGAAAAUAACGAAGGAUUCCGUGCUUCCUCAACAUGAAUUUCUCUGAGGUCUUCAAGCAAUCAAACCAACUUUGCAAAGUUUCACCGGAUGGGAAAUAUUUAGCUACCUGUGUGCAGUACAGGCUGGUGGUACGGGAUGCGAGCACUCUGCAGAUUCUGCAGCUCUAUACUUGUCUGGACCAGAUAUCUCAUAUAGAAUGGUCGUCUGACUCUCAGUUUAUCCUGUGUGCUAUGUACAAGAGGGGACUAGUACAGGUGUGGUCGUUGGAACAGCCUGACUGGCACUGCAAGAUUGACGAGGGCUCAAUUGGACUGUUGGCUUCGCGGUGGAGUCCUGAUGGACGUCACAUUCUGAACACCACCGAGUUCCAUCUGAGAAUCACUGUGUGGUCUCUGUGCACCAAAGCUGUGUCCUACAUCAAGUAUCCCAAAGCUUGUCACAAGAGCAUUGAUUUCAGCAGAGACGGCUGCUACAUGGCCUUGGCAGAACGCCGUGACUGCAAAGACUAUGUCUGUGUAUUUGUGUGUGAUGACUGGCACUUACUAAGGCAUUUUGAGACUGAAACACAAGACCUUGCAGGGUUAGAGUGGUCUCCCAAUGGCUGCGUCCUGGCUGUGUGGGACAGCUGUCUGGAGUACAAGGUGUUGCUGUAUUCUCUGGAUGGCCGCUUGUUGUCAAUUUACAGCGCCUAUGAUUGGUCGCUGGGUGUCAAGUCUGUGGCCUGGAGCCCCAGCAGUCAGUUCCUGGCCAUUGGAAGCUAUGAUGAAAAAGUACGCAUCCUUAACCACAUCACAUGGAAGAAGAUUUCACUUUUUGAACACCCAGCGACCAUCAACAACAACAAAGUUGUUGUGUAUAAGGAGGUGGAGAAAAGGGUGCCAGCUGUUGGCAGUGAAGAACUGUCUCGACACAACAUAACAAUGGACUCAAGUCUCUUAAGCACUCAGAGCAAAUAUGAGAUUCAUCCACCACCAGUUCAAAUUCCUGUGGUCAGACCAGACGUAGACAGAGCCAACCCCAAGAUUGGUGUCUCUUUGCUGGCCUUCAGCUCAGACAGCCGUUACUUGGCCACCAAAAAUGAUAACAUGUCCAGUGUUGUGUGGGUGUGGGACAUGCAGAAGAUGAGCCUUGAGGCUGUGCUAGAGCAGACAUCAGCUGUGCGUUGUGUCCAGUGGGACCCAAGACGCUCACGGCUGGCCUUAUGCACUGGCAACUCCAAAGUUUAUCUUUGGACUCCAGCAGGCUGUGUUUCAGUCCAAGUCCCUGAUGAAGGUGGUUUCCAGGUCCAGUCCUUGACAUGGCACUGUGAUGGAGAUUUUCUCAUCUUGCUUGGGAAGGAGCAGCUGUGUUUGUGCUACAUGGACACAGGCCCGGAGGACAAGUGAUGUCAGCAGACACAUGAUUUCAGCAUAUUGACAAAUGAACAGCAGACUGGUGGGAAGACUCAUUGAGAAAGAAAGACCCAGCACUCAGCGCUCACCCAUGCAAAUUAUUUGAAGUAAGUCACGCUAAACAUAAUAUUCCUGAGAGACUUUUGGGGAAAAAAAAAAAACUUUUUAGAUAAACUGGUUGUAAACUUCACACUGAAGACUUCCAACUGUGACAGCUAAGACUCUGAGCUUUCACUUGCCUUUUCAUUUGGAGCAUUUGUAAUUUUGCCAUGUAAUUCUGUAAAUUAUUUUGAAUAAAAUUUGAUAAAUAAUUUUGCAAAAAAGUGAUUUACUUAACCAUCCAUCCAUCCAUCUUCUACCGCUUAUCUGAGAUAGGGUCGCGGGGGCAGCAGCGUAAGCAGGGAGGCCCAGAUUUUCCUCUCCCCGGCCACUUCGUCCAGCUCCUCCCGGCGGAUCCCGAGGCGUUCCCAGGCCAGUUGGGAAACAGUCUCUCCAACGUGUCCUGGGUCUUCCCCGUGGCCUUCUACCGGUCGGACUUGCCCUGAACACCUUCCCAGGGAGGUGUCCGGGAGGCAUCCUGACCAGAUGCCCAAGCCACCUCAUCUGGCUCCUCUCAAUGCAGAGGAGUAGCGGUUCUACUCAGAGUCUCUCCCGGAUGACAGUGCUUCUCACCUUAUCUCUGAGGGAGAGCCCAGCCACCCUACGGAGAAAACUCAUUUUGGCUGCUUGUACCCACGAUCUUGUCCUUUCGGUAAAUACCCAAAGCUCAUGACCAUAGGUGAGGGUAGGAACGUAGAUCGACCGGUAAAUUGAGAGCUUUGCCUUUUGGCUUAGCUCUCUCUUCACCACAACAGACCAAUGUAGAGUCCGCAUCAUUCGCUUGUCGAUCCCGCAUUCCAUCCUUCCCUCAUUCGGGAACAAGAUCCCAAGGUACCUGAACUCCUCCACUUGGGCCAGGAUCUCAUCCCCGACCCGGAGAUGGCAUUCCACCCUAUUCCGGACGAGAACCAUGGACUCGGACUUGGAGGUGCUGAUUUUCAUCCCGGCCGCUUCACACUUGCCUGCGAACGAUCCAGUGAAAGUUGAAGUUCACGGCUCGAUGAAGCCAGCAGGACCACAUCAUCUGCAAAAAGCAGAGAGACAAUACUGCAGCCACCAAACUGGAACCCCUCAACGCCCUGGCUGUGGCUAGAAAUUCUGUCCAUAAAAAUAAUGAACAGAAUUGGUGACAAAGGACAGCCCUGGCGGAGUCCAACUCUCACUGGAAACGGGUCCGACUUAUUGCCCGCAAUGCGAACCAAACUCUGACACUGGUCAUACAGCGAACGAACAGCUUGAAUUAGCUGGUCCAAUACCCCAUACUCCCGGAGUACUCCCCACACAAUUCCUCGAGGAACACAGUCGAAUGCCUUCUUCAAGUCCACAAAACACAUGUAGACUGGUUGGACAAACUCCCAUGCACCCUCAAGGACCCUGCUGAGAGUGUAGAGCUGGUCCACAGUUCCACGACCAGGGCGAAAACCACACUGCUCCUCCUGAAUCAGAGAUUCAACUAUCCGGCGGAUCCUUCUCUCCAGAACCCCUGAAUAGACCUUACCAGGGAGGCUGAGGACUGUAAUUCCACGAUAGUUGGAACACACCCUUCGAUCCCCCAUCUUAAAAAGGGGGACCACCACCCCGGUCUGCCAAUCCAGAGGUACUGGCCCCGAUGUCCACGCGAUGCUGCAGAGUCGUGUCAACCAAGACAUGCCCACAGCAUCCAUAGCCUUAAGGAACUCCGGGCGGAUCUCAUCCACCCCCGGGGCCUUGCCGCCGAGGAGCUUUUUGACAACCUCAGCCCCAGAGAUAGGAGAGCCCACCGUGGAGUCCCCAGGCUCUUCCUCCUCAUAGGAAGACGUGUCAGUGGGAUUAAGGAGGUCUUCGAAGUAUUCUUUCCACCGAUCCACAACAUCCCGAGUCGAGGUCAGCAGCACACCAUCCCCACCAUACACGGUGUUGACUGGGCACUGCUUCCUCCUCCUGAGACGCCAAAUAGUGGUCCAGCAUCUCUUCGAAGCUGUCCGGAAGAUUUACUUAACAUAUUCUCAAAAUUUUGAACUGUAGUCCAUCAUCAGUGUGGUUGGUAAACAGUUGACCAAUUAUCAUAUGCAAACCAUACUUUCAUAAUGGUAUUGCCCGGUGACGUGCGGUGAGGUUCACGGUUGAUGAGGCACUGACUCCUUUGGAGUUUUUCAUGCUAAUACAGGUUGCUCAUGAUAAGAAGAUAAGAAGAUAACCAAAAAAGAGAACAAUUCACUUUGGUAAAAAGCAAAUGUUUUCAGAUACUUCUUAGACCCAUUUAUUUACUUAAUUUUUAUAAACUGAUAAACAUUUGUGUACUUACCUUUUCAUUUGUAUAUGAAGUACAUGCAGCCUUUCCUUCUCCAGGAGAAGUUAUGAUACUUUCUUGUCUGAUAAGUCUGAUCACUUAUUGAUGAGUUUGGGUAUAUAAAUAUAAAUAUAAAUAUAAAUGUUGCUGCAACAUUAUAUUAUUGGCGACAUGCUGACAAACAGAAAUUGGCAGGCGUCAUUGACCAACUUUGUGUGCACUUAGACGGUAGGCGGGGCUUGCCCAUACAGCUGAGAAGCCACACUCACAGUGGCCUCAUCUUAGCUUUCUGCAAAUUCAGCCUUUUAUGGUUUUGUUUUGUUUUUUAAGAAAAUGUGCUAAAUUUGAAUCAUACAGAAAAUACAUUUAUAAAACAGUUCAAUGGACAAAUAUUAAUAUUUAUUUUGUUAUUCGUUU